AUGACUGACCACGACCCCUUCUGCAUACCCGGCACCGAAGCCAGCUGGUUGAAGCUGUUGCCCGAUGGCACAGCCACUUGCAGCCUCUGCCAGACUGUCUUCGAGAAUGCUCACCGCACUGACAACAUUGCCCGCCACGCCAGCAGCAAGGGUCACAGACGACGUCUCGAAGAACUUGGCCUUGUGGAGUCUGGCGAGGAUUACCGGGACGCUCCGCCACCCUGUGAUUUCGACAAAGUUGCACGGCGAAAGCCAGGAGAGGCACUCAGACAUGGCUGCCCAGGAAUCGGAGGUGCCAAGAAAGUCCUGAAGAUGAUGCGAUGUGUGUGCGAAGCCAUGCUGCAGAUCGAUUCCAGCUUACUCCAGGAAGCUGCCAGCAUAUUGAUCCAGCUGGAUGCACGGCAACUGCGGCUCUGCAUCCGCUUCCAGGCCGCCGAUGACGAUGUCAUGGUGCGUCGGGGAUUACUGGGCUUCGAGCAGAUAGAGUCUCUGGGACAUCAAGACGUUGCCAACGGUGUGCAAAGUGCACUGCGUCGCUUCUGUACCUUCAAUGGAGAAGUCGACGUGGAGAAGUUGCAGCGUAUCACACAGCGCAUAGAAGCCAUCAAUGCGGACGGGGCAUCCGAUGUUCAACUGUCGCUCAGUGCGCUGCGAAAGCUUUGGCCGUCGGUCAAGGUAGUGCUGCGAGACAGCACGCACAGUGCGCGAAGGAUCCUCAGUCGGCCGUGGUCUGCCAUAGACGCCAUCCACGAAUGCUUUCAGACGGCCAUCAGUGGCGAGGGCGCGAUGGCGAGGCUUGUGCAGGCUAGCCCCACGCUAGCUCGUCUCUUCGAGAGACUCUGUCACGACGUGACAGAGAGCCCGGCAUCGGCUCGCCGGAUAAAAAAUCUCGCGAUGAGGAAACACCGGUUCGACAGUGCUGCGAAGCCGCUCGGCCGCUUCAUUCUUUUUUUGGAGGCGCAUUUGCUGCUCGCCCUGUCUCUCUCGAGUAACAGGGGGCAUGACUCUUGCCAGCAUGGCGUGCGCUUUCUGGAUUGGAUUGACGAGGACAAGCUGUUGAUCCUAUAG